CUUCUUGUUAGCAAUAUCGUAUCGUAUGGGAUAGGAAACGAGCAACCGCCUUUCUUUACUGCUAUUCCUCGUACAUUCCGGAUUUACUCCACCUUCUCCGCCACGAAAUCAGCCAAAUCUUCUCUCUCUCUCUCUCUGUAUAUAUAUAUUUUCUCACGCCUCUCCGCUCUCUCCUUCACAUCCAAUUCUCAACAAUCCUUCACACCUUCUCUCUCUAUCUCCCUAAAUUCCUCCCUUCUUUCAAAGUUCAAACAACAAUCUCUUUCUAACCUUCUUCUUCCCUACAAGAUGCAGAUCUUUGUUAAAACCCUAACUGGCAAGACCAUAACACUCGAGGUCGAAAGCUCUGACACGAUCGACAACGUUAAAGCGAAGAUCCAGGACAAGGAGGGAAUCCCUCCGGAUCAGCAGCGUUUGAUCUUCGCCGGGAAACAGCUCGAGGAAGGCCGUACGCUCGCUGACUACAACAUCCAGAAGGAGUCCACGCUCCACCUCGUCCUUCGUCUCCGGGGCGGCAUGCAAAUCUUCGUCAAAACCCUAACCGGCAAGACGAUCACUUUGGAAGUCGAGAGCUCCGAUACCGUCGACAACGUCAAGGCCAAGAUCCAAGACAAGGAAGGCAUCCCUCCGGAUCAGCAGCGUCUGAUCUUUGCGGGAAAGCAGUUGGAAGAUGGACGUACCCUUGCCGAUUACAACAUCCAGAAGGAAUCGACCCUCCACCUCGUCCUCCGUCUCCGCGGCGGCAUGCAGAUCUUCGUCAAAACCCUAACCGGCAAAACAAUCACCUUGGAAGUCGAGAGCUCCGACACCAUCGACAACGUCAAGGCCAAAAUCCAGGACAAGGAAGGGAUUCCGCCGGAUCAGCAGCGUCUGAUCUUCGCCGGAAAGCAGUUGGAGGAUGGACGGACUCUAGCGGAUUACAACAUCCAGAAGGAGUCGACGUUGCACCUGGUGCUGAGGCUGAGGGGUGGGAUGCAGAUAUUCGUAAAGACUUUGACUGGGAAGACUAUUACUCUGGAGGUGGAGAGUUCUGACACCAUUGACAAUGUCAAGGCCAAGAUUCAGGAUAAGGAGGGGAUUCCGCCCGAUCAGCAGAGGUUGAUUUUUGCCGGGAAGCAGUUGGAAGAUGGGCGGACUCUGGCUGAUUAUAAUAUCCAGAAGGAGUCUACCCUCCACCUUGUUCUGCGUCUACGUGGUGGCUGUUGCUGAAGCCUUUUCUGAUUCGUGGAUCUGGUUGGUGGUUGAGUAGUUAUUUGAGUUCCUGUGAAAACUUUUAAAUCUUACUUUUGUUUGCUGUUGUGCUCCGUUUCUACUAUGGGUGUUUUGCUAUAAUAAUUGUGUUGCUAUGGUUUGAAGUAUUUUUGUAUUUAUCUAAUUUUGCAGUC